UUAUAUAUUCUCGUCGUUUAUGAAUGGUCUGACAAUUGUAAACAAAACAAACGCGUUUGUCUGGUGGCCAGUGAAUGACGGGUGACUGGACGUUCUCGGGAUAAAUAAGCGCCUGGCAUGGGAAUGCUGUUAACGACGUGCACCAUGUUUUGAGAGAGUAAAAGCCUGAAUGUGAAGCUUGGUAUUCAAAGACAUCUUAUGUAUUUCAUAUAAAGAAUAUUGGUUAAGCAUCAUGACGACCACAGAGCAGAGUGCUGUCAACAAGUCGUGGGAGCUAUCUUUGUAUGAGCUCCACCGCACUCCUCAAGAAGCCAUUACAGACAACACAGAAAUUGCAGUUUCACCUCGUUCUUUGCAUUCCGAACUUAUGUGCCCUAUUUGCCUUGAUAUGUUGAAAAACACAAUGACCACUAAAGAAUGUCUGCAUCGAUUUUGCCAGGAGUGCAUUAUCACAGCCCUUAGGUCUGGUAACAAAGAAUGCCCAACUUGUAGAAAGAAGUUGGUAUCAAAGAGAUCACUUCGACCUGACCCAAACUUUGACACAUUGAUAUCUAAAAUAUAUCCAAGUCGUGAUGAAUAUGAGCAACAUCAAGAAAGAGUUUUUGCAAAGUUGAAUAAAAACCACAAUCAUGCAUCACUUAUUAACUCUAUUGAAGAGGGAAUCAAACUCCAGAUUGCAAGUCGACAGAAGAACCGGAAGAGCAUGCUAGACGAUGGAACCACACCAACACCCACACCAUCAGCUCCUUCCACACCUACACCAAGUGAGCCCCCAAGUACUCCAACCACCACCAAUAGUGGGAACCCACCAGGAUCUGCAGCCACAACACCAACUUCAGGUGCCACUAAUUCUACCUCAUCAUCUACAAUGGGCCCCAGACUAAAAAAGCAGCGGAGAACAUCAGAGAAUGAAUCUGGUCCUGGAUCAAGUAAUGAUGGUAAUCCUGGUGAAGAAGCAGAAGGCCCAAGUGAAUCUGGGGAGAUUGAAUUGGUGUUUAGACCCCACCCCUUGGAAAUGAAUGAAGACAAUGAACUCAUAAGAGAAUUGAAAGAUUCAUCAAUCAGAUAUAUCAAAACUACAGCCAAUGCUACAAUUGACCACCUUUCCAAAUACCUUGCCAUGCGGCUUACUCUAGCAAACAGGACAGGGGAACUAGAAACUGAACUUCCAUCAUCACUGAAUAAUUUCUGUAUAUACAUUGCUCCAACACCAGACCAGUAUAUUGGUGUAGGUGGGUCUCUGACAUUAGAACAAAUCAAUGAAAAAUAUUGGAGAGUAAAUAAACCUAUGGAGAUGUUCUACUCAUGGAAAAAGGAAUAGAUAUAAGCAAAGGUGCAAGUGAGAUUACAUUAGUCCAUUAAGGUGUAGUUAUUAGUUGAUGAGACUUACACAGGUGUUUUUAAGAGUGACAUAUCUACAUUGUAUUGUAAUACAGGACCUUGAAAACUUAGACCAUAUUUUGACAUGAUGUCUUCAAUGAUCAUCAUACAUUUUGACUAAUUUUUAAGUUCCAUUGCUUCUUGGUUACAUAUUACCUUUGAAUGUUUUGAAUACAGAAUUGUGAAUGUUUUAGUUUGAGUCUGUAAAAUGAAACAGUCUUUUAACAGAACAAUAGUCAAUCAUUUAAAAAAUUCUAUCAUUUCACUUAAUAGUGCCACUGAUGUAUUUGGCAAGUAAGAUUUCUUUUUUGAAAUGCUUUAUGUCCUAGUCUUGGAGUACACUAAGAGCAUCAUAAGUGUAAGAUGUGAUUAUACAGUAAUGAUUACUAAGCAAGGCACCCUUGUUAUGGAGGCAAUUAAAGAUGCACAUUUGAUAUCUAA